AUGCCGACAAAGUCUCGCCACUCCUCAAGCCUGUUGUUCCACCGCAUCGGGCUUGCAUCUGCCAUCCUCGUUGUGGUGUGCCUUGCCUUGGGCUACCACACGGGUUAUCGCAAUACCGAGCACUGGUUUCAGCCACGCCUGGUAGAGCUCCGCACGCUUGAAAGGAAGCUGAAGGUAGCGCUGAGGAUGUGCAAGGAUGAAACGCAGACACUCAUCAGCAGCGAGCAAUUGAAGAAUUCCCGCGUGCGCGAGAUGAUACGAGUGGUGGCAGAGCUGGAGGCCGACCAGAGAAAGGAGGAAGACAUCUACAAGACUAUAGAGAUGAAGCGAGAAAACUGCACUGCCACGCAGGCGCAACUGCAUAGGCAGGUGGAAGAACAAAGUGAGAGUGAUGCUCUCCUUCGACUGGAGGUGGAGGAGCUGAAAGACGGUAUCGAUACGCUUCAGGUGUCCAUUAAGAAGAUCAUGCACGGCGAGGGAAUACCCAUCGUAAUGCUGAACCAAGGACUGCAGAGGCUACGCUUCCUCUACGCCGAUAAGUGCCGUCUCACACCCGGGUGUGUAGAGCUGACCGACGCAGAGCUGAUUGAACGGUGGGGCAAGGCCACGGCAGACGAAGCGAUCAUUAAGGAAUUUGUGGAGCGCGGCGAGGAAGCGCAGAGGACUAUGGUGAACAAUACCUUCCCAGGUGCAUCGGGGAACAUGACGGACAUUGUGCUCCAGCCCACCUUGUUGGAGGAGGAGAAUGCCUCGCUUACAUCAAAGGUGCCCCUCUUUUUCAACCGCAGCACCUACGAAACGCCGCUGUGCGGCGUGGAUAAGGGCGCCGCGUCGCUUCUUCCCAUUCGAGUCGUUACCGCGCUCGAGCAGUUCACGGACUACGCCUUCUGUGCCUACCGCUACCACAACCCUAACUUUACUUUCCAGUCAGCAUUCACGUAUUCCUCAGACACCAUGUCCCGGCAGGAACAGGAGCCAAAGAAGGGGAUCGUGACGUACCUGCAUGAGCUCGUGGGAAGCCCACUCCUUCGGUUCUGCAUCGACUGCAAGUUCGACACACGGGAAACGAAUUACAGGCUCGCCUGCCUUACAGACCGCGUCCACUCGCACUACGGCACCCACGACUUUUGGGCCGCACGCUCCCUCAUCCAAGCCAGCCCAUCAGUGCAAGACGCCGCCUUCCGCUACUACGAAGCACAAAACUGGCACCGGAAGAAGAUUCUGGCUGUCGUGCUCCACCAAGCCAUCCAUCACGAUGGUCUCCAGUGCAAUAACCUCGUUGGCCGCCAGUAUGGGCUGCACUACCAGUACCUCCAGUCGAACUACCCAAACAUCACGGCAUUUCAACAGCACAUCUCGGACGAACACCGCCUGCAGUGCUCGCCUUCGCUGGAAAUGGUGAUAGAGUACAUCCAAAAGGUUCGCAGCCAGGCGCCGUACACCUUUGAUCACGUCUACCUCUCCAUGGCCAAAGAACAACGCAGCACACUGGAGUCGCUCCUGAGAGUGAACGACGCGACUCAGCUGCUGCCGCUGCUGCUACCAGUGUACACAAAUGCGGAAACUGAGGCCGCGAAGCCGGGAUUCACCGAGCUGGUCGACCUCGAGAUCGCAGGGCGCGCCACAGAUAUUCUUACGAAUCCCUUCCUCUCGUCGAGCCGCUAUGUCACCGAGAUUUUUCUCCUGAGAAAUAACCUUGCCCCUGGUGGCCACGUGUGGACGUUCUAG